AUGGCUUCAAAAGUAAUUAAAAAUCAAGCGGAUUUGUUGUCAAGAUUAGAAAAGGCACAAAUAAACUUUAAGAAGAGUCCGAAAGGUAGAAUCACUAAGCAGUAUUUGGAAACUAGAAUAAAAAAUUUGGAAGAUUUUUAUUUAGAAUUCAAACGAAAUCAUACAGAGCUAAUACAAAUAGUAACAUCGGAACAACUAGAAUCUUUACCAUAUUUUAUAGAAGACGACUAUAAUAAGUUUGAGGAGAUAUACAUAGACCAUGUGACGGAACUAAAAGAGAAGCUUGAAGAAGUGUUCAAUAACCCGAUACCAACAUCGAAUACGAUGACUACAACUUGGGAUGCAAUUGUGAUUUAUUUGGUAGUUUCAAAGCUUGAUGUACAAUCGCAUAAACUAUGGGAGAAUCAGAUAAGCACGUCAUGUGCCGAUGAAUUGCCAACUUGGUCUCAGUUGGUGGAUUUUUUGGAAGCGAGAUUUCGUAGUUUGGAGAUGAUAGAUUCGGGAAAACAAGCUGUAAGACAUGAGACGUCACAAAAGAAGCAAUUGGUUAAAAGUUCUUUUCACGGAGCUAUCCUACAGAAUAAGAAGACAGAUAAUAUAUGUUCAGUUUGUGGUGAAAAUCAUUAUAUAAAUGCAUGCACACAGUUUAAGAAGCAAUCAGUAGAAGAACGAAGGAAUCACGUACAGAAUAAGGGAUUAUGCUUUAAUUGUUUGCAACCUACACAUAUUGUAAGUAAAUGUCGACAAUCAAUUUGUUGCAAGAAAUGCGGACGUAGACAUAAUACUAUGUUGCAUUUAGAGAAGACAGGAUUCAUUGAAAACACUCAAAGGACACAAGAAGAAAAUGAUGGGAUUGAGAAUAAAACUUCGUCUACGCUAGUAGAAUCAAAGAUUGUGGCAAAUUUUGCCAAAAGAGAGCAUAAAAGCUAUCAUGUUCUGCUAGCUACGACACUACUUAAGGCUCAGUCAAACAAUGGUAACUUAUUUAUGGUACGAGCAUUGCUAGACCAAGGCUCGCAAGCGUCAUUUGUAACUGAAGCAACUGUUCAGUUACUCGGUCUUAAACGUACAUCUGUUAAUGGUUUGGUAUCAGGUCUGGGAGAUGGUCAAAUGCAUAUUAAACAUGUAGUAACAUUAUGUUUAAAAUCGCGUCAUAACUCAGAAUUUUCUAUUAAUGUUAAGGCUUAUGUAUUAACUUCACUUACGUCUAUGCUUCCAUGUGUGAAAUUAGAUGCUCCGAAUUGGCUCGAACUCGAGAAUGUAGAAUUAGCGGACCCAGGUUAUGCAACACCAGGUAAGAUUGAUGUUUUAUUAGGGGCAGAAGUUUAUGCUGAGAUUUUAUUAACAGGUAUGAUGAAACAACCCAAGGGAAAUUUAAUAGCGCAGAAUACGGCCUUUGGUUGGGUUUUAUCGGGUAAGGUAUCUGAUUCACUUUCAGAUAAAUACAAGGCUAAAAGUUUUCAUUUACAGGUUAGAACUGACGAUGAUUUUUUGAAGCGUUUUUGGGAACUAGAAGCUGAGCCAGAUAUGAUUGUUAAGAAAUUUACAAGAGAGGAACAAUUGUGUGAAGAGCUGUAUGAAAAAUCAACUGUACGAAAUCGAGAUGGAAGGUAUGUUGUUACAUUGCCAUUUAAAAAUAAGGAUCCUGAGUGCCAGUAUGGAGAAUCGAUAGAUAUAGCUAAGAAUAGAUUAGUCGCUUUAGAAAGAAGGCUUAAGAAUAAUCCUAAAUUAUAUGAGGAAUAUAGACGAGUAGUAGAAGAGUACUUAGUUCUUAAUCAUAUGUCUUUAGUCGAAGAAGAUGAUUUAGAUAAUCCAACGGCUGUCUAUCUUCCGCAUCAUGCUGUUGUACGGGAGGAUAAAGAUACGACAAAGGUUCGUGUAGUUUUUAAUGCUUCUAGUAAGGGAACAAAUAAUGUGUCAUUAAAUGAUGAUCUUAUGAUUGGACCAAAAAUCCAACAAGAUCUCAGACAUAUAUUAAUGAGGUGGAGAACCCAUCCCAUUUGUAUAGUGGCUGAUCUUGUAAAAAUGUACCGUCAAGUAUUUAUUAAUCCAAGACAGACAAAUUUUCAGAGAAUUUUAUGGAGAACUUUACCGGAUCAACCAAUUAAACAUUUUAAAUUGCUCACUCUAACAUUUGGAACCGCGUGUGCACCAUAUCUUGCUGUUAAAACUUUACAACGUUUGGCAGAAGAUGAGAAACUUAAAUUUCCAGUAGCAUCAGAAAUUACUAAAAAUGAUUAUUAUAUUGAUGAUCUAAUGACAGGUUGUGAUACAUUACAAGAAGCUAAAAUUAUUUACAAUGAAAUGAAUAAAUUAAUGAAAUCUGGAGGAUUUACACUUCAAAAAUGGAGCUCUAAUUGUAAGGAAUUAUUAAAGUAUAUUGGAGAAGAUAAUAAAGAAAAAGAAGAAUCUAUGCUAAUUAAGGUUGAUAAUAUGGUAAAAGUUUUAGGAAUUUCAUGGAAUCGUAGUUCAGAUAGAUUUGUUUAUUCAAUCAAUUUACCGGAGAUAAAAUUUCCUAUCACGAAAAGACAAGUUUUAUCUAAUAUUGCUCAAAUGUUUGAUCCAAUGGGUUGGAUUGCACCAGUAAUCAUUGUUGCUAAAUUAUUUAUUCAAAAAAUAUGGAAGGCGCAUUUAGAUUGGGAUGAUGCAUUACCUGAAGAUUUGAACGAAAUUUGGCUUAACAUACGACAGCAAUGCAAGGAAAUUCAACGAGUAGAAAUACCAAGGUGGAUUUGUUGCACUAGUCAAAGUCAUGUUGAACUACAUGUCUUCUCAGACGCAUCAAGAUCUGCUUAUGCUGCUGCAGUUUUUAUGAGAGUCAUCAAUCACGAUGAAUCUAUACAUGUCAGGUUAGUAUCAGCUAAAACAAAAGUAGCACCUAUAGAGAAGGAAGUUUCUAUACCUCGUUUAGAGUUAUGUGGGGCUGUGCUUGCUGCGAAACUUGUGAACGAAGUAUCUCAAGUGAUGAAGGUAUGCAAAGAUAACAUUUACGGAUGGACUGAUUCUACAAUCGUUUUGGCGGGAUUCACUUAA